GAGUGGGCACUGUCCGAGCUUAUGAGGCAUCCAAAGGCAAUGAAGAAAGUCCAAAAGGAGCUAGAAGAUGUUGUUGGAUUGGGGAGAAUGGUGGAGGAAUCAGACUUGGGGAAAUUGGACUAUUUGAGCAUGGUAGUGAAGGAAACCAUGAGGCUACACCCAGUUGCGCCAUUGUUGGUUCCUCAUGCUGCCACUGAAGACUGCACCGUCAAUGGCUACCACAUACCCAAAAAAUCACGCGUUAUCAUAAACGCGUGGGCAAUCGGGAGAGACCCGAGUGCUUGGACCGAUGCAGAGGAGUUCAUACCAGAAAGAUUUGAGGGUAGCGAUGUUGAUGUUAGAGGAAAUCACUUUCAGCUUAUCCCAUUUGGCUCUGGCCGAAGACGUUGCCCAGGAAUUCAGUUAGGCCUUAUUGUGGUCCAGUUAAUGUUGGCACAACUUGUCCAUUGUUUUGAUUGGGAACUUCCGAAUAACAUGUUGCCAGAAGAAUUGGACAUGACUGAGGUGUUUGGCAUAACGGUUGCAAGGGCAAAACGUCUAAUUGCUAUUCCUUCCUAUCGCCUUCACAAAUGAUCAUAAUCUGUAUGCAAUGCCUCAUUUCGUACUGUUGGAGAACUAAACCAAAUAUGCUUGAUCAUUGCAUUCAAGAAGUUUUAAUG